UUGUUCCCCCCAGAUAGGGUUGUUUUGUGAUUAUCUGUUUAAGCUCAUAAUCCCUCCAUAAUCAGGAAUAGUCAAUGUCCACUCAGAGAGAAAUGACAUCAACAUCUUUCCACUGAAGCAGGCUGUGUUUCUGUACACAAGAGGGCAAACAUAUUCUGCAAGUGUCUGCAAAAUGCUGGGUGUGACUCCUCUGCUGCCUCUCCUUGUGAGCACGGUGGUGUCGGGCGUCAGGUUGUGUCCCAGCCGCUGCAUGUGCCACGAAUCCUCUGACCUUGUGGACUGCAGGUCUCGUGGAUUGGUCCGAGUCCCAGCCGGCGUCCCUCACGGCACCUGGCUGCUGGAUCUGAGCGGGAACCAGCUGACCGAGGUAUGCAACGGAUCCUUCGUAGGGCUGUGGUCACUGAAGAUCCUCCUCAUGUCCAACAACAGCAUCCAGACUGUGCAGUCAAAGUCUCUGUCAUCACUACAAUUUCUGGAGAAGCUGGACUUGAGUCAUAACCAGCUGCGUUGGCUCCCUCUGGACUUCUCUCAGAGUCUAUCCUCCCUCCAGGAGCUCUGGUUGGACCACAACCUGCUGCAGCACCUGGACCCCUCUUCACUGGGUGACUUUGAGAACCUGAAAAAACUGGACCUGAGCUACAACCUCAUCCGGACGAUGGAUGUCGGAGCUUUCAGCAGCCUGUCUCGACUGAGCUUCCUCAGCCUGGAAGGGAACGAGCUGAUGACCCUCAGGGACGGCCUGUUGAGCAGGCAGCAAAGCCUGGAGGUGCUGCUGCUCAACCACAACAACAUCUCAGCGAUCGAAACCAUGGCUCUGGCUCCUUUACGGAGUCUGACUCUGCUGGGUCUCCAGGGAAACCAGCUGGAACACAUCAGGUUCAAGACCUUCCUGAAGCUCCAGACCACAAGCACCCACCUUCAGAUGUCCCUCAACCCCUGGACCUGCGACUGCGAGCUGCAGCGCGUCUUCAGCAAGAUCCAGCACGUUCGACAUCUGUAUGUGGGGGACUAUAAAGAAAUCAUCUGUCAUGCUCCUGCUCAGCAGGCCGGGGUCUCCCUGUCCUCAGUGGACAGCCAGCUGUGUAUAACUGAGACGGCGUCGGUGCUCGUCAUCACCAUCACGGUCAUGCUCGCUGUGAUCGGUGCACUGCUCAAAGCAGAACACAACGAGAAGAACAAACAAACUGUAAGUGAUACAGAGUCACAGAGAUAAGAAAAAUUAUUUGUUUUAUCCAUGAUCAGGUGUUUUGGGAAUUAGAUGCGGUGUGGUACUGGAGGCUGCCACAAAAUAUGUUUUAUUGACUACAGUUCUGUACAGUAUUUAGACCCUUUAAAGCUUUUUUUUGUAUUUACCUUCAUUUCUCCUGGCUUUCUAUAUCUUUAUGGCAAUCAUUGUAGCUGAAAGGAGGGAAAAGAAAGUAAAAAAGUGCAGAACAACCCUUUAAAAUCGUAGCAUGAGAGAGAGCAUAUGAUUUAUUUAUUUAUUCAACAUUAUAGUUUUGUGGCAAGACUAACAAGCUAUUUCAGUAUCUUUUUGAAUCUACAUAUAUAUAUUUUAAGCAACAGCGUUACAAUUAUCCACCUGUCUGGCUCCUUAACAUGUAUUUUGAAUGUUUGGAAAAGGCCGUCACUGCACCACAAGAUGUCUAAAGUUAAAAUAACACGCAUCCUACAGCAACUGUAUGCUGCUUAUUAUAGCAAAGCAGAAAUGCCUCUUUGGGAUGAGCGCCCGCUCAAAAAACAUCAGAGGCUGAUCUUUAUGAACGUGGGUGUGGUGGUUGGUGCAGACUUCAGUCAGUACAUCUAGUUGUCUCUUCUAAUCACGUCUUCGGGCGUGUGGAGAACUGGUCGCGCUCCAAUAUCUGAUCUUUCUUGUAGCCGCUGACCUUAUUAAACUGCAUGAGCUUGAACCACACAGUGCAUACUAACCUAUAACGUUUUCUAUUCUGGGCUGUGAGAUAUUACAACAGUGAUGUAAUUGGUCACACCAUCGUGGUUGUCUCAAUAUUGGAGAAUAACUCAGAUUCUCAUAUAUUUGAAUGCACCUGUGGUCACUUUAUUAAUGCAACAGCAGUUAAAAAACAAAGUGCUGUAACAGUUCUCAGCCAGCAAACGCAAAUAAAAACUGACCAAUUUGAUAUUAACACUUUGAUUUAAGCCUACGCUAAAACAUUUUAACAAAAGUGUUUAAUGGAUUCAGGCCGUCCAACACUCAUGCAAUGACAGAUAUUCAAAUGUACUAAAUGACUAACAGUCAUAAUUAUCUGGACUCAACAGAAAAAUCAAUGAUCAAAGGUGAAGUGUCUCCUUUAGUAGCAAACCUGUAAUCAUAGCUUGUCUUAUUAUAUUAUAACUUGACACAAAUCAGACCACGGACCCCCAUUUGAUAAGAUUUCUGCUUUUAGAUGUUUUAUUACAGAAAGUGUAUGAAACCCAUGACCAAAUAUAGUGUAUAUAUAUACAUAUAUAGUAUAUUCAUACAUUCUAUCAUUGUGUCACUUAUGGAUGGAAUUAUAGUGAAAAUAAAUUAUUCCCCUUUUAGCCAGGGACCCCCUCAGAGACCCCCUGGGGGUCCCCAGACCUCACUGCUCAGACAGACUAACAGUCCAUGAAGCAUCAUUUACAUCCAACACCGUCCACUUUACAGAAAGCUGAUGUAGUGAUGUUGAAAUCAACACGACUGCAGUACAUUAAACAGUUUGCAGUAAUCAGUGAAAUAAUGAAACUUUAAUGAUGAAAAUAUGCAAAAAAAAAAGACUAAUCUUUUGUGAAGCAUUAUAUAACUAAAUUGAUAUUUAAUAAAAAAUGUGAACAAUAUUUAGAUAUAAAAGCAGUUCUUAUAAAAUUGAAUGAAAACCACAAGUUAAAAGCAACAAAACAGUGUUUAUUACAAAAUGGCUUGAACUGGAGAACUCCCAUUUCAUUAGCAAUUGUACCAAAUUUGUUGAACUGGUACAAAUGGUUAAAUUUGAUGUUUCCCUUUAUUUGUAGGCCUAUAUGUAAAAUAUUAAAACCAUAUACUAUAAAACGUUGUCAAACUACUUCAGAUUUUGGA